AGUCAAUGCUGGAACGUUGUUACGAAAAGACGUAUUUUAAAUUUAAUCAAUAUAUUUAUUAUAAACAAAAAAAAAAACACUAUUACAUUAUUUUUAUUAUUUUAUAUAUUAAUUAUUUAAUUAAAUUAUCCUUUUCCUUUCCAAGCCUCUUCAUCCCUCGUCCAUUAUUUAAAAUAAUUCGAAACAAAAAAAUACAUAUAGAUUUGUCCUGGAACAGUUUCGAUUUGACUCCAUUUUUUGACCUUAUUAUUAUUGUUAUUAUUAUUAUCAUUUAAAUUAUAUGAAAAAAAAAUUUAAUUAAUUAAAUUUUUCAAAUUAUGUUGACAAUAAAUAGUUAUUGAUUUAUGAUGUGUGUCACAUUUUAUAAAAUGUGAAAUGAAUUAUGACGUCAAUUAUCGAUACAAGGAUUAUUGUUUAUAAAAAAAUAUGUUCGUUAUGAUUUUAACUGUAUAAAUAUCAUUUUUUUUAAAUUAUUAUUAUUUAUAAUAUUGUGAUUAGUUUUAUUUUAAUUUUAUUUAUUAUUAAAGUGAAGUGUAUUCUUAAAAAAGAAAUUUUUUAUUUCGAAAUUUUUGAAGAUAAUACACAUGCAGAUUAACAAAGUGAUAUAUGAUAUUUUUUAAUUGGAUUUAGACAAUACAAGUUUGAGUUAUAAAAAUAAGGAUAAAAAUAAUUAAAAAUAAAAAAAUUUAAAAAAAUUUUUAUUUAAUGAUUUUUUAAAAUAAAUAAUAUACAAUAAAAAUCAUGCUGAAUUAAACUUUUGACCUUCGAACUUAUAUCAAAGAGAAGAGAGGAAUUGAAGAAGAUAAAAUAUUGAAAGUUCUCGAAAGUGUUUGCUCACAUUGGCAUAAUAAUUCUUUCAUAAAAUAACAAAAAAAAAAAAUCUACAUAUAAAUACAUUUAACAAUUAAAAAAAUAAAGAUAAUUAUUUAAAUUAAUAAUAAUAACAUCAAAUAAAAAUCCGUCCUCAAUCAUUUGAAUAAUUUUCUCAAGAAUUGAGUAAAAAAAAAAAGCAAAAUUAAUUUUAUUUCUUUUAUUAUUAUUUAUGUUUUAUUAUUAUUAAAAAUUCAAAAACAUCUGUUUAAAGAUAAUUAUAAAAUAAACAAAAAAAAAAAAAUUCAAAUUAACAUUUCAAUUAAAAAUCUAUAUAUUUUAAUUAAACAAUAAUGCAAAUAAUAAAUUUUAAAAUGAUAAAUGCAUUGUGAUAAAAAUUAUUUGAAAAAAAAAAUAAUAAACAUCAAUAAACAGUAUUAAAAACAAUAAUAAUAAUAAAAAAAGCUCAGUUAUUUAGUGAAUGAUUAAAAGGAAAAAUGUUUGGACUGGAAAAAUAUUUGGAAACAGGAUAAACAAAAAAUCAAAAAUGUAUAUGAUAAAAUUACCAAAAAAAAAAACUUCUUAAUGAUUAUUUAAAAAUGAAGCCAACUAAACGACAAUCGUCAUCUGAUAUAUUUCAUCAAAAAAAAAGAACUAAAAAGAAAUAAAUUGCAGCAAAAAAAAGGUCUUGAAAAUCAAAAAUAAUUAUUUAAAAAACGCAUAUCUUCAUUUCACGAGAUUCAGAAGAGACAUAAAUAUUUAUGAUAAAUAAAAUACAAAAAAAAGUUGAUAAUAAUUUUAUUAAAGACUGAUUAUAAUAAUCAGUAUAUUUUUCAUGGAUUUAAAUAACAUAUCUAAUUUAUUUAUUAAAUCCACAUAUUUUAUUUUAAAUAAUGUGGUUUAAAUUUGGAUAUUUUACAGGUCCAUCAUUUUUCAUAAUGGUGGAUUGGUAUAAAAAAUUUACCUGAGUUUUAUUUUUUUUUUUUUGCUAUAAAUAAUUUUAAGUUUGACAAAAAAAUAAUAAUAAGUGAAUUUUAUUUUUCACAUGGUGUUUUAUUGAUUGAGGAUUAUUUCAAGAGAAUUUGUGGAAUUAAAAGUUUAAUUUGUUUUAAAUAUAUUACAAGUUUUUUUAAGAAGACAGGAUGGGUUGUGGACAAAGUAGAAUUGGAGCAAUAUAUUCGAAAAAUAAAAAAAAUAAAAAUAAUGGAAAAAAAAGCAGUGAUUCUGUUCGUACAGCAUCGAUUGAACAAAAAAAUGCCAAUACCAAGACUAAAACAAACAACAAUGGUAUUGAAAUAACAAGAAAUGAAGAAAAUGGAACAAUUGAUAUUAAAAGUCAAAAAAAAAAAACAAGCAGUGGACCUGGACAUGGACCUCUAUUACAACAAGCUGAGAUGUCAUCGAGCCAAAUAGAUUUUUUUCGUAUGCUUGAUGAAAAAAUUGAAAACGGACCAGAUUAUGAUGAAUCAUUGGAUGCUGUUCAUCGUGCUGAAAGAAUAAGUGAUUUAUUACGUCAAUGGGAAUUAGCAAGUAUGACAUGGUCAAGUGUAACUGAUAUAAAUAAUAUUGAAUAUAUAACAAAAACAGAUGAUCAUGGUAUUGAAUCAAUACGUUAUAUGAGUGCAAAAGAUCGUGAAGGUAUGCGUAAUAUUAUUGGUGGUAGACCAGAAUGUGCACCAGUAUUUGUACGUAAUGCAAAUCGUGUUGAUGGUCUUGAAGAAAUAUUACUACCACCACAAAAUAUGCCACGACAUGUUUUAGAAUCAAUAAGUCAAAGUCCAACACAAACAUUUAAAAAUACAACAUCACCUGGUACAUCACCAACAAAUAAAAAUUAUCAUAAUAAUCAUGAUUAUAAUACACAAAAAUUAAAUAAUAAUUAUUCACAAAAUAAUACAAAUACACAAUUUGUUAAUAAUGAUUAUGUUACACAACAAGCCAUUUAUCGUGAACAAUAUUUACAACAAACUGGUAUUAUAGCAGUACAACCAGCCUAUCAAAGUCCAAAUACAUUAAGAAAUAAUACAAAUUAUGUACAACAAUUUCAAAUGUCAUCAAUACCAACAAAUCAACAACAUUUUAAUGGACGUAAACGUGCAUUUGAUACUGCACAAAUGACGUGACCGGUAAUUUAUUAUCGGUUUACGAGAUAAAUAGACUGAUGUACUGUUUUUUUUUUUUUUCCCAAUUUUUUUAAUUGUUUUAAUUUAAAUAAAUAAUAAAAUUAAUUAAUAUAUUGGCUUUUAUCAAAAGAAAAAACACAGUGAAUUAGAUAAAAAUUCAAAUGAAAAAAUAAAAUAUAUGAAAAAUUUUUAGAUAAAUAAUGUAAAACAUUUGUAUAUGUUCAUAAUUUGAGUAUGAUUUGGUCAAUAUAUUUAAGGCCUAAUUAAUGGCUAUUAAUUAAAGUGCCAAAUUUGAACAUUUUUUUUUUUUUAUUGUUUAUAUAUAUUAUAUUGAUGAAUAUUCUUCUGUCACAU